AUGCCCCAACUCUUCCCCUCCAACCCGUCGGCGACGAUGGUGAUUCGCGACGUCACACCUAAUAUUGUCACUAUGAGCCUGCCAUUCGCGCGCUUUGGCAUCUGGCGCUUUGGCGGCCGAGGAACACUAGUCAAGCUCUCCACGGGAUCGCUCGCCGUUUUCUCCCCCGUCAGUCUCACCCCCGAGGUACGCGCCAAAGUCGAGUCUCUCGGCGGAAACGUGAAGUACAUCGCCGCCCCCGAUCUCGAACAUCACUUGCACAUUGGCCCGUGGAAGGAAGCAUUCCCGCAAGCAUCCAUUCUUGCGCCAGAGGGCCUUUAUGAGAAGCGCCAGUCAAACAAGGAGUACAAAGACUCUCCAUUCGAACACGUCUUUAAGAAGAAUGAGCCGCAGUCGAUAUCGGAGGAAUUCGACGCCGAGUUUGAAACCGAGUACGUAUAUGGGCAUUCGUCGCGCGAACUGGUCUUCCUACAUCGCCCAUCGCGGACGGUCAUCGAGGCCGAUCUGCUUUUCAACUUGCCCUCCAUCGAGCAGUAUUCCCGGACCGAGGAUGGGAAUCCGCUCAACUCGUGGACCAAGAUGGUGCUACCGAUGCUGUCAACCAAAGGUUCUGCGACAGCGCAACGGCGAUUCGCGUGGCAUGUUCUCUCCGCGAAGGAUCGCCCGGCGUUCACCGAUUCGAUGAAGCGUAUCGGUGGUUGGGACUUUGAUCGGCUGAUCCCGUGUCAUGGGGAUGUCAUUGAGACGGGAGCCAAGGGGGUGUUUGAAAACGUGAUGGCGUGGUUCCUGCAGGAUGGGACGAAGCAUUCCUAAGGUGGACUGUAUGGGAAUUUCUCCGAGGUUAAUGUGUCCGCGGGUUUCUUAGUGUACGUUUUGGUUUUUGUAUGUUGACUCAUUUGGGGGAUACUAGUAUGAUACCCUGUGGUGCUGCGGUGAGGGAUCGCGUUAAUGUAAUUUUAUUGAUCGAUUACCGUCCGAAUAUGAUGACAAUCAAUUGUAAAGCACUUUCGCUUGUUAUGUACUAUCUUCCACUACUGAGGACCCUCUGAGC